AUGGGUGAUGUGCUAGACCGAGGGACAGGGGUGCUCUGGUGUUUGUGUUGGUGUGUUUUGAACGAGGGACAGGGGUGCUCUGGUGUUGUGUUGGUGUGUUUGAACGAGGGACAGGGGUGCUCUGGUGUUGUGUUGGUGUGUGUUUUGAACGAGGGACAGGGUGCUCUGGUGUUGUGUUGGUGUGUUUUGAACGAGGGACAGGGUGCUCUGGUGUUGUGUUGGUGUGUUUGA